AGUUGUUCCUCUGCAGCAAUGGCUUGGCUUGUAGUCAGAUUAGCAAUAUCGCUGUCCUUAUUUUAUACUGCAUCGGCGGUAUUUGAAGACCAAGUUGGAAAAUUUGAUUGGAGGGAACAGUUCGUCGGCAAGGUGCGUUUUGCCCUGUUUGACACUCAUUCGCAAGCGUCUAAAAAGCUCCUGGUGGCAACUGACAAGAACGUGUUUGCUUCACUCAAUUCAAGGACUGGAGACCUAUUCUGGCGUCAUGUGGAUAAAACUGGACCAGAGGGCCAUAUUGAUGCGCUGCUUAUGUAUGGACAAGAUGCUGUUGUUGUUGUCGGGAAUGGCCGUCUGCUUCGCUCUUGGGAGACCACAGUCGGUGGCUUGAAGUGGGAGGCAGUGCUUGAUACUGGGAGCUUUCAGGCCGCUGCCUUAAUUGGAGUUCAAGACUUUGUGAAGAUUGUUGCUGUGUUGAAAAAAUCUGCUAUCUCUCUCCAUGACCUUUCAAGUGGCAGUCAGAUAUGGGUGGAAAACCUACCUGACAGUGACACUGUUCAGUAUCAAACUAUUUAUUCUGGUGGGAAUGGACUGGUGUUUGUUUUGGGAUUUGUGCCGAGCUCCCAUAUUGUUAUUGUUGAAUACAAAAUUGAAGAUGGAGAAAUCAUGAACAAGAAAUCAGUUGAAGCCGCAUGGAUGUCAAGCUUGGAGAACAGCUGCACAGUCAUCAGCUCAGGGAACCUACUGUGUGUGGAUCAGAUCACACAGUCCUUGUACACUCUACCACUGCAGUUUGCAGAACACACAGAAAUGAGACAGAUCCACCUCCAGACGCUAGAUUUGGAGGUGGCAUCUGGAUUCCAGCCUGUUCUGACAUCCACUCAACCCAAUCCGGCACAACCUCCUCUCGCUGAGUUUUUCCUUCAGCUCAGUCCAGAUCAUCACAUCCUUCUGCAGCUUAAAGAUGACCUCAUCUCUCCGCUCCGAGACUUCAAUCCAUCAAAUUUGGUAGCUUUUGCUACAUCUGGAGAGAAGACGGUUGCUGCUGUGAUGACCCCAAAGAAUGAUACUGCUUGCAGCAUUAAUCUGUUUAGUGCUGACACAGGGCGAAGGCACCUUGACACUACCAUCAUCUACCACAUGGACCCUAAUGGAGGAAAGCCGAACAGAUUAUAUGUCCACGCCUUUCUGAAGAAAGAUGACUCUGUGGGCUACAGAGCCAUGGUCCAGACGGAAGACCUUACACUCACCUUUCUACAGCAACCUGGCAGGGUAGUCUGGAUGAGGGAGGAGGCCCUGGCUGAUGUGGUCACCAUGGAGAUGGUUGAUCUGCCACUAACUGGAACACAAGCAGAGCUGGAGGGAGAGUUUGGAAAGAAAGCUGCCAUUCAAGAUGGGCUGUUACCCAUGGUUCUCAAGCGCCUCUCUUCCCAGUUUAUCCUGCUGCAGGCCUGGAUGGCCCACCUUUGGAAACUCUUCUACGAUGCCCGGAAGCCUCGCAGCAGCGUGAAGAAUGAGGUCACCAUAGACGCACUAUCUCGGGAUGAGUUUAACCUGCAGAAGAUGAUGGUGAUGGUGACUGCCUCUGGAAAACUCUUUGGCAUCGACAGUAAAUCAGGAACCGUUUUGUGGAAACAGUAUUUAAAAGACAUUAAACCCAACUCCAUCUUCAAGCUCCUAGUGCAAAGGACCACUGCCCAUUUUCCACAUCCUCCACAGUGCACACUUCUUAUAAAAGACAAGGACACGGGUCUUGGAAGCCUAUAUGUCUUCAACCCUAUCUUCGGCAAGAAGAGUCACAUUAGUGUCCCUGCUUUAUCCCGACCUGUGCUUCAGACCCUUCUGCUACCUGUCAUCGACCAGGACUAUGCUAAAGUCCUUCUACUUAUUGACGAUCAGUACAAGGUCACAGCAUUCCCAUCUACCAAGAAUGUUCUACAGCAGCUUCAAGACACAGCAUCCUCCAUAUUCUUCUACCUAGUGGACUCCAGUCAGGGAAAGCUGUCAGGAUUUCGUCUGCGCAUGGAUUUGUCUACAGAGCUGAUCUGGGAGGUGGUCAUCCCCACUGAGGUGCAGAAGAUAGUGGCUGUCAAAGGAAAGCGUGCAAAUGAGCAUGUGCAUUCCCAGGGCAGAGUGAUGGGGGAUCGAAGCGUGCUCUACAAGUACCUAAACCCUAAUCUCUUAGCUGUGAUAACGGAAAGCACAGACACUCAUCAGGAGCGCAGCUUUGUUGGAAUCUUCCUGAUUGAUGGUGUGACUGGCCGUAUUGUUCAUGAGGCAGUGCAGCGGAAGGCCAGAGGACCAGUUCACUUUGUGCACUCUGAAAACUGGUUGGUGUACGUAUACUGGAACUCCAAGUUUCGUAGAAAUGAGUUUUCUGUGUUGGAGCUCUUUGAGGGAGCAGAGCUUUAUAACAGCACAGUAUUCAGCUCCCUGGACAGACCACAUCCACCUCAGGUGCUGCAGCAGUCGUAUAUCUUUCCUGCUCCCAUAAGCACUUUGGAGGCCACACUUACAGAAAAAGGCAUCACCAGCCGACACCUCCUUGUGGGACUGCCAUCAGGCAACAUUUUAUCCUUACCAAAGAUGUUUUUGGACCCACGGAGACCAGAGUUGAUCUCAGAACAGAGUCGGGAAGAAAACCUCAUACCAUAUGCUCCAGAAAUGCCCAUUCGUACGGAGUGGUUUAUAAACUACAACCAAACUGUGUCAAGAGUAAGAGGCAUCUACACUGCCCCUUCUGGCCUGGAGUCUACCUGUUUGGUGGUUGUGUAUGGUCUUGACAUCUACCAGACCAGAGUGUUCCCCUCCAAGCAAUUUGACGUCCUUAAGGAUGACUAUGACUAUAUAUUAAUCAGCAGUGUACUCUUUGGCCUCUUCUUUGCCACCAUGAUCAGCAAACGUCUAGCAGAAGUUAAACUGCUGAACAGGGCAUGGCGAUAAGACUCAUCCCAAUGGCCUGUUGACUUCACUCUCGCCCUCACUGCAAUGUGGUUGACACAUUGAUGGCAGGAGACUAGCUGGUGACCGUGUCAAAACUGCAAGAUCAUUAAAGUUUGGUGUAUUUUUGCAACCAGCUGUCUUGGGGAUCUUGUGGCGUCUUGAGUGUAAGUGCAUAGAUGGCCAUGAUAGUUUUUUCCCUUUUCAGAGAGAUGUAAUGUAGGUCUUAUCCCCCCUCCACCCCCCCCCCCCAGCAUUGAACAAUACACUGUCUAAUUUGUUAAUUUAUUGUGCCUUCCGGGGUAACAGCUCAUGUGAUUUUAAAGGUAGACUCGCCAAGUAUAACAAAAUAACUCUUUUUUUUUUUUUUUUUUUUUUUUUUUUUUUUUUCGUUUUAGAUUUCAUUAAGUAAGUCUGAGCCUGCUUUUCGGAGAGGCUGGAGGAUGAGUUGAUGUGUUUUCAAAAUUAAUAUUGAGGAAGGGUUAUUGCAAAGGGACUGCUAUUUUAAUUUAUGUUAAUGAAAAGAUUGAACAAUGUGAUUUGGAUUAAAAUUAAAAUAGUAGUAAAAUGAUCUGUUGAGGUGUUAAAGAAUAUAUUGCCUAAUUUCAUGUACAUGAUUUAAAUGGGCAAACACUAGUGCACAUGAGAAAUAUGAAAUUUCAAGAGUCAAGACAUUUGGAUCAUUUUCUCCUGUACAUUAAUGAUAGAAGCUUCUGCAUAGGAGUUUGGAUAGUCUUUUGUAGUUAUUUUAUGGUAUGUCAAAUGCACUGGAUGGUUUGGAGCCAUGUUCUUACUUGAUAUAUUUAUGAGCAAGAUCCUAUUAUGCCAUAUACGUUGAUUUUGACUCAUACACAUGCAAAUCCUUGUGAUUUUACUAUUGUGCAGAAUGUUUCUACUCUUUUGAUUUUCAUAAAUAGGCCUGUUUAUAUACAUAAUUUUGAAAGCAUCCCCUCUGCUGCAAAUUAAUGAUGUCAGAAAAAAUGAGUUUAAUAAUAUUUAUAACAAAAGGAUAGAUAUUCAGUUAAGUUGGUAAUAAACCUAAUGCUUUUUUAAACAUGCAUAAAAUAUUUGUUCUUUUCUCCCCAAUCGGUAAUAAAAGAUCUCCUUCCUAA